UUGCCCAUGUGACCCGGAAGUCAUUGGCUCCUGCCAGGAGAUAGGAAGUGUGUGCCACUUGUGCACUGUGUGUUCCUGUAAUAACAAUGGCUGUACUGAGGCUCCUGCUGGGGUCAGCAGGGAUCAGAAAGCUUCUGGUGGCCCCCAGUACCAGAAAUCAGGCUCUAAACAACUAUAGCAGAAUAUCCAAAGUCACAUCUAUCUGCCUCCGGACAGAGCCAUUCCAGCUGCGUCUGCAGAAAGAUCUUGGUUUUAGGUCAUUGCGACCCUUUGGUUCUGCAUCCAAAGUUGCUGAGUCCAGUGAAGACAAUGCUCUUAAAUGGCUUCUUCUUCUGAUCCCAGUCUCUACGUUUGGACUUGGCACCUGGCAGGUCCAGAGACGCAAUUGGAAACUGAAACUCAUUGAGGAAAUGGAGUCUCGAGUGAAUGCCAAACCUGUUCCACUCCCUAUCGACCCAGCAGAGCUCAGGAAAUUAGAGUAUUGUCCUGUUAAAGUCCGCGGUCACUUUGAUCACUCCAAGGAACUUUUCAUACAACCUCGAACAUUGCUGGAUCCAGAGAAGGAAGCUCGGCAGGCUGGUCAGAUCUCCUCAAGCACAGAGAGUGGCGCCCAUGUGAUAACCCCCUUCUACUGCACAGAUCUGGGAAUCACUAUCCUGGUGAACAGGGGAUUUAUUCCACGAAAGAAAAUAAAUCCAGAGACAAGGCAGAAGGGACAGGUUGAAGGUGAGGUUGAGCUGGUGGGAAUUGUAAGGCUGACCGAGAUUCGCAAGCCUUUUGUUCCACAGAAUGAUGUUACACGGAAUCGAUGGCAUUAUAGGGACCUUGAGGCAAUGGCGAGAGUUACAGGAGCUGAACCUAUACUCAUCGACGCAGGCAAAGGUACUACUGUCCCAGGAGGACCUAUUGGUGGGCAAACCAGGGUGACCUUGAGAAAUGAACACAUGCAGUACAUUGUAACAUGGUAUGGUCUAUGCGCAGCUACUACCUAUAUGUGGUGUAAGAAGUUUGUGAAGAAGUUGGCUUAGUAACGCACAGUCUCAAAUCUUUUAGGAACUGGUAAAAAGUAAAGCAAUCACACUCCAGGAUGGCUGCCACAUAAGGAUGAUAUAUUACAGGACAUUUGGACUGGACAUGCCAAGACAUAACAGAUGGACAAUAUAAUAAAGACCUACGAUGCAGAAGGUUUGAGAAUAGAGAAAGUAAUGAGAUACAGAUUCUUGUGCCUUGUAAUCAGUUGACGGCACAGAAAUUCUAUAGCCUUGACAUGGAAUUAAUAAAGAGACCUAAAAAUGAACUGUGACUCUGCAAUGGAAACCGUUUCGAGUUUACCUUAAUUUACUACAUUGAGGCAUCAAGAAUAUAGACUGGGCAAGACAAGCAGGCUGGAUGGUUUCUCGAUACAGUUCAAUCCAUCAGUCUGCUUUAAUAUGACGUUGAUAGUAAAUGCACGAAAGGGCAAGACCUGCAGGUUGGAUGCAUUUCAUACUACAGCGAGUGCUUAAUUAUUACCUAAUUUAAUAGGUGAACAUACCAACUUUAUCAAGGAGGUUUGUUCUUUCACACAGCUACAGCCAAACUUUUAUUACAUUUUUUUUUUUUUGUCCUGUUUGUUCGUUGAGUAAUUAUUAACCAGUAUGUGAAUGAUACCAUGCCACAAUUGUCGUAAUAUAAAAGGAAUUGCAAAACCACAUGUCAUAAAGGUGUCAUCAUAAUGCGUGCCCAAAGGUCUCUUUAUUUUUUUUACUGACCCUGUUGAAGUUUUGAGAAUUUGUCUAGUUUACACUUUUCAUACAGUGCUUUCACCCAGCAUUUCUGUAUGUUUCAUACCUUCCGUAGGUUCUUUCUUAGAAGUGUUUCACUUUAAGUCCUGCUAUUUUCUUGCUGCCAUACUGUUUACUGUGGGAAUUGUAUAUAUGCUGAAUAAACUAAUUUAACAAACAUGA